GCCCUUGAGUCUUGCUCGUCUAACUUUCCGUUCAACUACAGUUGUAGUAUCCCGAAUCCAAUCAUUAUCUCACAAAUAACUAUCCGCCACCUCUACAUUUAUUUGUCCAUCCUGUCCCCGGACUUCUAUAACCUAGCAACUCUCUCUGCUUCCAUCUCGAAUAAUCAUCCGUUGCGAUACAGACCGCUGUAAGCCAUAAGCUAAGCUACAGUAUACACAUACAUACCCAAGCUGCCAUCGAAAUCCAGCUUCACCAACAUUCAAUAUGGCUGCCGACCUCAUCAUGCCUACUCUUCCGGGUGACCAGCACUCGCGUCACUUCUUUCCUCAGCAGCAGCGUCCUACACAUCAACGCAACCACUCAUAUCAGAUCUCGGUUGGCCCUCAGAUCUCUCCCAUCAACACCCAGUCCAGCAGCCCCGACUCUGCUUCAUCAAAUCCUACUUCUCCCAGAUCGCAUCAUGCACGACAGACUCGCCCCAUGUACAUGCCUGCAGCACUGCGUCCCAAUCUGUUCCCUUCAAAGACCAGCAAGAUGCCCAUCGAUGAUGGUGCAUCUACCUCCAGCACAGAGUCUGAGAACACCCUGCGACGCACCAACAGCAGUCUCAUAAACAUCCCUGGCAUGUCUGUCUUUGGCAACAAACUGGCGCGUGUUUCCACUGGUGAUAGCUCCCAGAGCAGCAUCGACGGUGACUUCGACCCUGAGAUGUUUCCUGAGGUCAAGUCUCAACCCACGCGCAAGCACUGGAAGCCCGAUUCCGAAUCUACUGUCUGUGACGACCCGACUUGCAAGCGCACCUUCAGCUACUUCACUCGCCGCCACCACUGCCGAAAGUGUGGCCACAUCUUUUGCGACUCCCACUCCACCUUUGCUGCUCCUCUCGACCAUGAUGCCAAGUUCAACCCGCGUGCGCCUCUUUCUAGAACCUGCCGCCAUUGCUGCGAAGAGUUCAAGAGCUGGUACACUCGCAACAGCAGCCGUGCUUCGAGCGCCGCAUCUUCCGAUGCUCCCAACCCUACCUCGACUCCUAUCGCUGCCGGUUUCGGGGAUGCCUCUGACUUGCCUCGUGGCCCUGAACUCGCUGCCAGUGUACCCAGAGACUGGAACUGGAGCACCUUCUAAGCGAACACGAGAUUGUCAGCUGUCGUAGCUUAUAUCCGAGGACGGAUGACGGCAGCAUGCGGACUAAUCCCCUGAUUGAUCGAGAUCGGGUGGGUUUCCCUGCAUGAGGUCAAUAUUGUUCCUGGUCACACCAACAUACCACUACCACAUUCGCUACCGCCACUACUCAAGUGGCACUAUGAGAUACCCGAUCUGCCUGGUUCACGAAACCAUGGCAGUAUCAUAAUAGAUCGACAAAUAUCACCCGACAAGUGACUCGAUUCCUUGUCCAAUCCCGCCAAUCACCCCAUUCUUUGACCAUCCUCUACCACGAUUACUGCCUCUGUCCCCAUUGGCUAGUUAGUUUUUAACUAGACCUCACACUUCGCAUUUACUUUUUUAUUUGGUUGCUAUUAUUCAAAGCGAGGCGUUCUGGAAAGCAGUGUGAAUUUGACUUGCUGCAACUCGACUAUUUUUCUGGGAACAUACAACCAGAUUAUGACAAGGCACAUAGAGGAUGUUCAUUUGGUCGAUAUCAUUUAAUGUUUUGCUUGUUCUUGGAAGGCGUAUUAAGAGCUACUACAGCCUGGCACACUCAUAGAUGGUUUAAGGAACUUGCAUUGCCAUACGUGGCACGGAAGGGAAAUUUAUGAUGUUAUGAAAUUAGGUAGUCAUCUGGCCAACUUGAACUGGUUAUGCUCGUUGGCUGCUGGACUCUUAUGGACCGUUACUGCUAUUAGAUUACAUACUAUGAUGUUUUCACCUCAUAUUUUGAACCUUGCCCUAAGUGAACAAAAUGUACCCUGUCAGCCAUGUUGAUAUAGUAUGGUCGUUUCGACAAACACAUGAGCUUUUUCUUCUUCU